ACUAAUUCACACUUCACAAUCACAGUUUCACGAAAUUAUCAAUUUUAAAAUAAACAGUUGAACUAUCUUUAACGUUUAAACUACAGUCUCUUCGUCCGCGUGUUGUUUAAAACUAGUAUUGUAAACAAAUAAUCGGUCGGCUGUACCUACAAGAGUAGGUAGGCAUGACAUAACCGGCGCCGGUUUUCCUUCUACUACUUCACAACGUAUAAAUACGCCGCAUUCACGUAUUUACCGGUCAGUCAGUAAUUUUCCUCGUUUCGAGUAGUCGUUAGUGUAUAACACAAACGCGUCAUAGGCAUAAUAAUUAUAUUUUAAAAAAUGCCAAACGCGAGGUAGCAUCAGUGUUCUAAAUUCAAGUGCUUUAAAUUUUGCAAAUUCAAACAUUGGUUGUGACAAGUGUGUGUAAGAACUGAACAAAAGCGAAAAUGCCUAAAUUAAUGAAAUUAGUGCUUUGUGUGGCGUUUGUGGCGUUGUGCUGCGGACAACCCUUACAGAAGCCAGUAGAAAACAACACGGGUCUCCACAAUGGAUUGUCGGAGAAAAUCGGAAACUUUUCGAUAGAAAUAUUGUUCCACACAUCGAAAACUUUGAAGGAGGGUGACAAUUUCAUAAUGUCGCCGAUUACCGUUUGGAGCGUACUUGCUGUGAUCGCGGAAGGUGCGGCCGGAGAUACGAGAAACGAAAUUAACAACGUACUUCGUCUCUCGGCGCGAAACAAGGAGUCGACGCGCACCGGCUUCAGAAACAUCACACAAUGGCUACAAGUAAACACUGGAACAGUGAAACUAGCCAAAAUAAACGCCAUUUUCGUCGACAAAGACCGACUUCCUCUACCAGAGUUCACAGAAGUCUCUAAGAAUUACUACCAAACUGAAAUGGUGACUUUAGACUUUAAGGACAGCGUGAGAUCAGCAAACAUACUCAACCAAGCCAUCUCAAACAUUACUCACGGGAAAAUACCCAAUAUGGUUGACGCUAGUUACUUCCAAGACUCACAAAUGGUGUUGACUAGUGCUCUGUACUUCAAGGGACAAUGGUCAAUGCCUUUUAAUGCGUCAUCGACAUCAAAAAUGCCUUUCUACGAUUCCAAGGGCCAAAAGAUUGGUGAUGUCAACAUGAUGUACAACAGACACACAUACCCAUUCUCAAACAUCAGGGAACUUCAAGCCAGAGUUAUUGAGCUGCCGUACGGCAAUGAAAACAGGCUUUCAAUGUUGAUAAUGUUACCAAACCCUGGUGUUUCCCUAGAAGACAUGUUCUCAAACUUUAAGAACGUAAACCUGGACACAUUCUUUGAGGAACUAAGAGUAUCUAAGGAAGAAUAUUCAGACGACGAGGUAGACUGCUACAUCCCAAGGUUUAAGAUCCAGUCUGACAUUGAUCUGACAAAUGUAUUGAAGAAUCGUUUGGGCAUCCAGGAGCUGUUUGACCAAUCCAGGGCCAAGUUACCCUUCAUGGCUCGUACACCUUUAUAUGUAUCCAAAGUGGUACACAAAGCUGAGAUAGAGGUCACUGAAGAGGGAACAGAGGCUGCAGGAGUAACAGUAGCUGAGUUCAGCAACAGAAUAGGAGUAGUACAGUUCCAAGCCAACCGACCAUUCACAUACAUGAUCAUAGAAAAAGUAACAAAUUCAAUCGUUUUCGGAGGUUUCUACAAAACUCCCUCUUUGUAUUGAGCAUUAGGAAAAAUGUAAUUGAGCGUACAAAGUCUGCAUUUAGACACGAAAACUCAUUGGUGGCUUAACCGUUUUGUUGAAUAGAACACGCAGAAUAAAAAUUCAAAUUGUAUAAAAAAACAACAUCGACUUUUUAAUUACACCAGAACGAGGAAAUAAUUAUGAUGAGAUGUCAUGGGUUAUUCCAUAAACAUAAACUUGUUAAGGAAGCUUGUAGUUGCUGUGUGUUCAACAAAUAAAGACUUGACUACAAAUAUAAUUUAUCAAUAUAACUGUGUACAUAAUUAUACACACAGAUAGUGGAAAUACAACUUCUUGAAUGUCACUAGUUGACUGACUCUGACCUUAUGAAUAUUUUAUUGUUCAACAUGUGGCCAUAUUGCGAUGCCAGUACAUAAAAAAUACUGUUUUUGCAUUAAUACCUUAUCAAUUUUAGUUGCAAGUACGAGACGAACCACAAUUAACCACAUUUAAUUGAAACCCUAUUAAGCAAUCUUAAUACUCAUAUUUCAAUGUAACUUGCUAUUGUAAAGCAUACUCAAUUGUGUUGGCAUAAGGUUGUAAUUUGUAUAGCAGAAUGCUCUCUAAUUGACUUGUAAAUAAGUUGUUUUGCUGGUUGAAAACAACAUGUCUGGGUAUGUUUUAGGGAAAAAUGUAAUGUUUUCCUCAUUGGACUUGCAGACAGAAUGAUUUAUUGGAAGAAUUAAUUUGCUGUUAUAACUGAAACCGUUUGACUGCCCUCAUGGGGGAUUUUACCAACAAAAUGUCCUUAAAAAAUACACUGUGGUCUUCCGCAACAAUUGUUUUAGUUUUUAUCCUUAAGAACUCUGAAUAUGGUUGUUAUUUUUGUAAAUAUUUAGCUUUGUUUACGGUUAUGAAUGUUGAUAAGAACAAUGUGUUAUUAUUUUACUGUUUGUGGGUAUAUUGACGUGUUUGGAGACAUGAGAUUGGUUCUAAAUUAUUAUUUGUAUGUUUCAAUAUAAUGUAAGGACUGUAGGUAGUAAGAUUUUGAUAAGAAAUUCUACAUUUUGUUUAUUAGUUAACAUGUCUCUAUUCCCAUGGAAACCAUAAUAUGUAAGUACUUUGUAAAAUAUCUCACAAUUGCAUCCUUUAAAGUCUAAUUUAUUAGGGGAAAAUGUGAAUCAAACAAAAUUUGAUUUUGCUUGGGAACUACCCACUAUAAAAUACUGCUAGUAUUUCUUAAAUGUGAAUCAAAUGUUGAAGUAAUCUCCUAAUAAAUUCAAAGAUUAAGUGUGUUGUAAAUAGUUCCAUUAAUUUUACAUUUAGAAAGAAUUCUUAGAAAGGAUUGAACAGAAACUAGUUUUUAAAUUUAAAACAAGUAUCAUAGCAUUAUGUUUUUUUGUUAUUCUGACACAAAAAUUAUGUUGUGUACUCUGUCACUCAUUAUUGCUAUUUCACCUAUGAUUUCUAAGCAUUUCAUACUGGAUAGAUUACAAAAAGAUAGUUUGUUUUAAAGAUUUUGAUAUAGGUAAAUAGGAAGAAUGAGUGAUCUCCAUGAAGGCAGUCUAAUUUAUUAUAAUUUCACAAUAAUUGUGAAUCAUGUGAUAGAUCUGAAAUUAUAAUUUACGAUUUUAAUUUAAGUAAAAAAAACGAAAGAUUAUUGAUUAAAUUUUUUUUUGGUAUGA